CGCUUUCUUGACGGUUUUCGCUUGACAGACCACUGCCCGCCAUGGUUUCAUUCACACUCCCUCUCCUCCUCACGCUCGCUUCUACGGCCCUCGCCCAGAACACCACGACUCCGCUCCGCUAUAUGCCCUUCGGUGACUCCAUCACUGAAAUCAUCUGCUGGCGAGCGCUUCUCUGGGACAAACUCCAAACCACCGAGUGGGCCGGCAACGUCGACUUUGUAGGAUCCGGCAAGACGGAGAAUAAUUGCGGCAACACAAAGUACGACCGCGACAACGAGGGCCACUCGGGUUUCCUGGCCAUCAACAUUGCGAACCAGAACCAGCUCGAUGGCUGGCUGACCAGGAACCCGGCGGAUGUGGUGACGAUGCAUCUUGGUACCAACGAUAUUGUGCAGCAGAAUAAGCCGGUUGCGGAUAUUCUGGCAGCGUUCACCAAAUUGGUUGGGACGAUGCGCACGAAGAAUCCAAAGACGAAGAUUGUGGUCGCUCAAAUCAUCCCCAUGGGCAUGGGCAACUUCAACACCAAGAUUCAAGAUCUCAACAAGCAGAUCCCAGCGUGGGCCACCGGCCUCAACAAGACCGAGUCACCCAUCUGGGUUGUUGACCAAUACACGGGAUUUUCGGCUUCGGACUUGAGAGACGGUGUUCACCCCAAUGCGAGCGGCGAUAAGAAGAUGUUGGAUAAAUGGUGGCCCGCAUUGCUAGGUGCGUUUGCGGCUGCGAAGGCGGACAAGACUGCGGCUGCGGCGGCAGUGGAGGCGAGAAAAUUUGUCGCGUAGUGAUUCUUUUGGGGUGCAUAGGAUGCGGGAUUUAGGUGGGACGGAGAGGAAGAAAGGGGUGAGAUUGUACAUAAUUGAAGUAAGGAUAAUCAUACUCCUAUUUCUUCUAUCCCGGCCUGAUUUAUCGAAAAUCUGAGAGUGCAAACCUUCUCGUGAUAUCAAAAGCCUUGUUAAGAUGGACGGGUUGUGUUAUUGCUGUUUCAUUUCCUUAUGUAUGAGUAUUACAGUGGCUAGUCUUAUAGUACUUACAUAUACUCCUGACCGAACCCAUCGCGAUGUCUUAUAAUCUGACCUCUGUAUAGCACCUCACUUGCGCUCUGACUGGGAGGUAUUCCUGGAAUCGUGUGUAAUGUUGAUCCUUCUCUAUCUUCUUUGAACUUAUCACCGCGUAGUCUAUCUAAAUAGAACUUCACACCCAUAACAGCAUCGCUCACAAUUUACCAUUUGAGCUUCUGGAGUUUGGUAGAUUCAACCUUCCUGAAUAGGCAAUUCGCUGGAGCCGUUGAUUCCUGUAGCAUUAUAAUAGUUUGUCGUCGAUUCCUCGAAAAAUUGCAGAGAGAAGUAUAUUUGCGAUAAUGCACUGAAGAUUGCCAGGCAUACUUUUCUGCAAUAUCAACCCCCAACUUUCCUA